AUGCGAGUCAACCUCGCACGAGCAGUUGGUGUUUUUGAGACAAGCCAACACAGGACGCACGCCUUACCAUCAGAAAGCAGAACGGUGAAAGAAGGGGAAGAAGAGAAGCCGGCAGUGGGCGCACACAACGCAGAAAAGGCGGGCAGAACAGAAGUAGGGAUAAACACAUUUCACUCCCUUAUCUUCCGUCUUAUUCAACGUCUAAUUUCAUCUCUCUUCUACUUCUCCUAUCUUUCAUACGAUUCUUUCCUCUUUUAUAUCCCCACUCCUUGCAAUCUUUCUAUGUUUCGCAUCGUUCUUUCUUUCUUUUGUCUAUCGAUUCAUUCUUUUUUCUUAUUCUCGUUUUUCUUUCUUCAUUCAUUCUUUCAUUCAAAAAAAAAAAAUUCAUUCAUUCAUUUUCCGCUAAUUUGUGCAUUUCUUUUACUCACUUGUUCCGUUUUUAUCUCUCUUUCUUUCGUUUAUUCUUUUUCUUUCAUUUAUUACAUCAUUCUCCUUUCCAUUUUUCUUUCUUUUUACCCUCCUUCCUUCCUUUCUUCCUUCCUUCCAUUGUCUAUAUAUUCCCUAAGUCUCUCUUUUUUAUUCCCUCAAUCAUUCUGUUUAUUCUCCCUUCUCAUUUUCUUUCUUUUUAAUCUUAUGCCUUACUUGCUUCUUACUUUUCUUCUUUCUCAUUUUCUCUAUAUUUCUUAUUCUCACGUCUCUUUACAACUGAAUCCUACUAAAGUUACCGCUUUUCUGUCUUUCUUUCCUUUUUCUUUUUCUUUCUUUCUUUUUUCUUUCUUUCUUCUUUCUUUCUUUCUUUCUUUCUUUUUUCUUUACAUUACUCUCGUUUCUUACUUUUUUUAUUACUUUCUUUUGUUUUUUCAUUCAUUCUUUUUAACUUUCUUUCGUUUACACUUUCAAUCUUUCUUUCUUUCUUUCUUUCUUUCUUUCUUUCUUUCUUUUACUCUCAUUCAAUAUUUUUGUCUUUCUUUCGUUUAUGUUUAUACUUUUUAUUCUUUUCUCAUUUCUUUCUUUCUAAUUUUCAUUUUUUCAUUCUUAAUUUCUUUCUUUUUAUCCCGUUUAUCCUCUCAUUCCUCCCUUUCUUUCUUUGUCACCAAAACAUACUGUCACUCUAUUCCAAACUCUCGCAAUAACGCAAUUUCCUUCUUUUUUUCUUUUCUUCUAUAUAAUCUUCUUUCUCUCUACCCCUAUUUGACUGUCUCUCUCUUUCCAUCACUCCUCCUAAUUUCUUUACAUAUCUCUCAGUUUCCUUUUUUUAAUUCCCUUACCUAUCUACCUUUCUUUCACUUCUUUUUCUUUUUAUGUAAUUUCUUUGCUAAUAUACUUUAUUCUCUUUUUCGCUCUUAA